GUUGUAAUAUUUUAAACCAGAGACAGGGUUUCACUAACCCGUAUAAUUUGUACGCUUCAUAUUGAAGUUAUAUUUCAAAUUACGCCUUCAAAGAUUCAGGUAUGUAAGACAAGGGAACCAACUGAUUAUGGAAUUGAGAAACGUACUUAAAGUGGUUUCAUGCUUGCUGUUUAUUGCGUGGAUUGCAAAAGGUAACAACACCACUGUGAAAGGUGAUUCCGUCUGUAAAGAUGAGACACCGGAUUGUGGAUAUUAUAAUGAAAACAAAUCAUGCGAUAACAGACACUUUGCUCUCCUUUACUGUCGUAAACAUUGUGAUUUAUGUAAAGUAUGCAAUAUACCAACUGAAGAUAAAGGAAACAGUAGCUUAACAUUGACCUGGGACAAUAAUACAAAUAAUUUUCAAUUGAAUUACAAAUGUAAUGAAGGAUAUUAUCACGACAAAGGAAGCCUCACGAGGACAUGUGACAAAGAAACGUGGACAGGCUCAAUGCCAGUAUGUUCAAAAGUUUUAGGACGUGCCUGCAUGAACAAUAAAGACUGUACAGAUUUGUUACCAAAUUCCACUUGUACGAGCAAGAUAUGUUCAUGUUCAACAAACUUUUCACCAAUUGGAAACAAAUGUCUAAAAGAUUGUGACGCAACUGUGUUAGAAAAUAUGAAUAAAACAGCAUUAAAUAAAGAUAUUAAUACUGCGUUUGGGUCAACAGCAACAAUAACAUGUGAACACGGAUAUGUGAUAUUUGGGAGCUACAAUAAGACAUAUUUCAACAUGACCUGUUCUCAUAACGGACUGUGGAGUAAUAAACAGAAAUGCGUUCCAAUUGGUUAG